AUGGCCUUCCAGCUCCCGCCCGGCCUGCGGCCUUCUGCCGCGCCGCCGCCGGGCAUGGGCGCGCCGCCGCCGGGCAUGGGCGCGCCGCCGCCCGGCCUCGGCGGCGGCGGCGGCGCGUCGUCGCCGCCGCUCCAGAUCUCGGCGGACGCCCUCGCGGCCAUGUCGGCGUCGGCGCUCGGUCCGCGGUCGGCCCCGGCGCCGCCGAGCUUCAUGCCCUUCGCCAACCAGCGCGCGGGCGGGUCGUCGCUCGCGGCGCAGUUCGCGGCGCCGUCGGCCGUGCCGCCCGCGCCCGGCUUCGGCGCGCCGCCGCCGCCGGGCAUGGCCCGGCGCGCGCCGCCGAAGACGACCGCGCCGCCGCCGCCGCCGCCGCCGCCGCCCGCGGGCAUGCUGCUCAGCGACCUCGUCGCGCGCGCGCCGCCGCCGUCGCAGCCCGCGCCGCCGCCGCCGCCGCCGCCGAACCCCGUCGCGGCGUCCCUGGCCCUCGAGGCCGAGGCGUCGCAGGCCCUCGCCGAGGCGUCGGCGGCCCUCGAGGCCGCGAGCCUCGACCCGAAGCCGCGCGCGCGGCCCGCGACCCCCGCGCCGCGGCCGAUCACGUCGCACGCGCAGCUGCCUCGCAUGCCCGGGUCGUCGUGCAUGAGCAGCCGCGACGUCGCCUACGUCGUGCGGAGCCACAUGCGCCCCCUGGAGACGGCGGACUCCUACACCGACGACUACUACAACCACAAGUACGCGCAGCGGCGGCUCGCGGGCGGCGACGACGGCGGGUCGCUCGUCGCGCCCGUCUGGGUCGAGACGAAGGAGCACACGAAGGCGCGCGCGGCGCACAUGUCCAACGACCUCAAGAACGUCACGCAGAAGUGGGAGGAGGGCAACCGCGUCCUGGGCCACGUCGUCCGCCAGGACGUGAAGACGGCGCGCGCUUUGAUGUCCGUGCCCGCGGGCCUCGUGGGCGAGAGCGGGUCGCGGCCCUUCACGUCGGCCAUGUGGGUCGCGCGCGACGCCGUCGACGGCGGCAAGGUCGCGUUGCUGGAUUUGGGCGAGUGCCGGUCGUUGGGCCACGCGACGGACGCGGGCGACGCGCGGUUCGCCGCGCUCCGCGAGGAGUGCGCGCGGCUCCUGGGCCGCGUCGCGCGGGCCAUCGCCAAAUGCGACCCCCACCCGUUGGACGUGUCGCCGACCUACGUGGACCACCUCCUCGGCAAGGGCCCGCCGCCGCCGUGCGCGGGCGCGGCGCCCGUCGCGCACACGAAGGAGUCGGGCGCGGUCUUCUCCGCGCUCAUGGGCCUGCCCAAGGGCGUGCGCCUCCUGGCGGACUUCGUCAAGGUCAUGCCCGCGACGGCGGCGGCGUCGCCGUUGCUCCGCGCGACGCUCGAGACGCCGCGGCCCGCGGCGGACCUCGUCUUCCCGGACGUCGACGCGGCGCUCCACGCGGCGCUCCGCGGCGACACCUUCGCGUCGCGCGUGCCCCUCAAGACCCUCGUGCACCUCGUCGACGGCCUCCUCGCCUCCCCGAACCUCUUCGAGCUCCUCCGGCAGCACUCGCGGGCCGAGGGCCGCCGCGAGGGCCGCGCGACGGGCUGCGACGGCCUGCCCGCGGCCGCCGAGGCCAUGCUGCGGCCGCGGCCGCUCGGCGCGUCGGCGCCCGCCGACGACGGGCGGCCGCCGCCGUCCUGGACGACGUUCUGCGUCGCGUCGCCGACCGGCGAGCGCCGCGCGCCGCGCAUGGACGCCGAGACCUUCGAGGCCGCCGUCGACGCGCACUUUGGGACCUACGGCCCCGGGAUCGCGCGCCUCGUCCUCAACCUCACGGGCGCGGCGUCCGGCGAGGAGUGCCGGCCGGGCCCCGCGCCGGGCCAGGUCCGGACGCGGCCCAUGGUCCCCGGCCUCCGCUUCUGCGGCGAGGACUGGCCCUGCGCGGGCGCGGCGACGAUGGUCGGCGUCGCGCGCCUCGCGUCGCUCGCGGCGAUCCUGCGCGUCGUCGAGGCCGAGCGGGUCGCCGGCGACGUCGUGGAGCUGGGGUCCUGGCGCUGCGGCGCGGCCGCCUUCGCGCGCCGCGUCCUCGACGCCGUCGGCGGCGGCGCGCGCGUCGCCGGCGCCGCGGCGACGCUCCGCGCGGCCGGCGCCUCGGCCGUCGCGCUGCACGCGGGGCGCUUCGCGGAGACGGUGCCGGAGUUCCGCGCGACGGGCCGCGGCGUCGCGGUCCUGCGCGUCGACGCCAACUUCUGCGGGUCCUACCAGGACGCGCUCUACGGCCUCUACGACCGCGUCCCCGUCGGCGGCUUCGUCGUCUUCACGCACCCGGAGGUCAUGCGCUGCUGGCUCGACUUCAAGGCCGACCAGGGCCUGCCCGAGGACCUCGUCCGCGUCGACCUCGCGUCCGCGUUCUUCCGGAAGCGGGCCGACGUGGUCGUCGACGCGUCGAAGCGGCGGCGGCCCUUCGAGCGGCCGGGCGGGUUUCGAACCUAG